GUUGAACCAAGACAAUGUUAUGUAUACUCUUGUCAAAUAGAAACGUGUCGAGUUAACUCUAUAUUGCGAUAAAACCAUUGAAAAUAAAAGCAAUGUGUUUCAUGCGGAUGAUUAGUGUCAAGUAUUAAAUCGUUGUUCUUGGAACAAGAGCUAACUCAAAUAUUGUUCUGUAAUAACGAAAAUGUACGUGGAUGGUAUUGUCGCACUAUCUUUGGUUGGCUGUUGUUUGGUUUUCUUUCUUGUCGUUGCACUGUUUUCUGCAUUAUUUCAUCGUUCUUUGGGAACUGCGCAAAUUCCUAAAUCUUCAGAAAAAAACGAUUUUGAAACGCAGGAUAAUGCCACAAUUCCAUUGGUAAUCGAGGAUGCCCAAUUGGAAUACACAACUGAGAUAGUGCAACCUGAGGACACAUCAUCGGCUCGUGGAUAUCCUCAUUAUGAGGAUGAAGACUCUGAUGAUUCAUCGACUGAACCUGAUCUAACAGCAUCUUUGAGCAUCCUUCUUCGCUAUGAUCGCCAUAGGAAGUACCUCCUGGUGAGAUUGUUGAAUAUGUUGGAUCUUCCCACACGCAAGGAUAAUACAAAAAUAAAUUUAUUCUUGGAAGUUCGUCUUCUUCCUAAUUUCGGAAGCAAUCCAAUCAAGACUGAUGUAUAUUUAAAUACAAGCAGUCAAAAAUUGCAAGAAACCUUUGAGUUUGAAGUUGAACCCAGUGAGCUAUCUGAACAAAAGAUAGAUAUUUUAGUCAUGGAUGCAAGAGAGCUUUCAAACAGGUAUAUCGGUUCUACAUUAUGUGCAAUUGAAGAAUUGAAUCAAAAUGAUCUGAUGUCUGGAAAGGAAGUUCAAAAAGUAUUAACCAUUGGUAAAACAAGUCUGCAAAAGAGCUUAUCUCUAAGUAUGACAAGUUUAAUGGACAGUGGUGAUGAAAUGGUUUCAACAGAUGACGGUUCUACUGAAAGUGAGAAUGAACUCAGAAGAACAAGAUCAACUGUUCGCUUGGUUAAAGAUUGGGAAUAUGUACCUGGAAUGAAACCAAUGAUUCUCUUGUCGUUGUAUUACGAAACAACAAAGGAAAAUCUCGUUUUGGGAAUCAUUAAACUGGCCAAUCUUCAAUUACUACGCAAAAAUAAAAAGCCUGAUCCAUACGUAAAAGUUUCUAUUCAGCUUGGAAAUAAAACAAUAAUGAAGAAGAAAACGGCAGUGAUGAAGCAAGAACUGAACCCACUUUACAAUCAAAAGUUGGAAUUUCACGUUCUACGAAAAGAUCUCGAUAAAGUGAAGUUAAGGCUUUCUAUCAAGAACCAAUUGCCAACACGCGGUAGCAGAUUGCGUAAUCGUCCAGCUAUUCUUUAUGACGUAAUGCUAGGCGAUAACGCUAGUGGUUCAUUUUUAGAGCACUGGAAAGCUGCCAUUAACGCCAGCAAGCCUGUAACAAACUGGCAUGCUCUCACAUCCUAAUUUUAAUUAUAAUUUAUAACUACAGUUUUGCUAGCUCAUGUUCGUAGUUUUCAAAAGGCCAGUAUAGCUUUAUAUUUAUAUAUUUACAACUGUCUUCUUUGAACUUAGUGAAAUAGUGCGUCGUUUAUAUCGAGACAUGAUUUUUCCAUUUACAUUAAUAAAUCUAUAAAACAGGUUGAAAUUUAUAGCGAAAAAAGUAAAACAUGACGAAUUUAAUGGCUAGUAGCUAAAUUAGUCUUAAACUCGUUUAAAAUAAAAAUAAAUUCAAACUGAGUUUCAAAAAA